CUCCGACCUUUCUUCUGCAACAGGUUCACCAUCCAGAUCUGCUCCGAUCAUCAAGAUUGGCUAUAUGGUUGGUUUACAUGAAGAUUUGCUAACAAUAAAAUCUCGACUCUGUGGAGAAUCGCCCAAUUUAGAAGUUAUCCCAAUCGUUGGAAUGGGAGGUAUAGGAAAAACUACUCUUGCGAAGUGUGUUUACGACGACCCACUAACAGUGCAGCGGUUCGAUAUUCGUGUUUGGGUCACAGUAUCACAGGACUACAAUGCAGAUGUAGUUUUAUCAGCCCUCCUAGCUUCCAUGGAAGAGUUUGAUAAAGAUAGAUCCGAGGAGAGCAAAGAUAGAUCCAAGGAGGAUGAAGAAUUGCCUGGGGCGAAAGUGCACAAGAUCUUGAAAGGCAGGAGAUAUCUCCUUGUAAUGGAUGAUAUUUGGAGCACAGAUGCUUGGGAUGAUGUAAGAAUUAUACUUCCCGACGAUGGUAAUGGAAGCCGAGUCAUGUUAACGACAAGAGAAACUGAUGUGGCUGCUUAUGCCUGUCGUUUGAGCUGUCCCCACAAGAUGCGUUUCAUGGAUGAGGCUCAGAGUUGGAAUCUACUUCAGCAGAAGGUGUUUGCACACCUAGAUUGCCCUCCGGGGUUGGAGAACAUUGGAAAGGAGAUCGCGAGAAGCUGCAAAGGGCUGCCACUCGCAAUCGUGGUGGUUGCAGGGCUCCUAUCCACGGUCAGCAACAAUCCAGCUUCAUGGAGCGAAAUUGCACGAAAUGUAAAUUCAGUUACUAUAGGAGGACAAUUUGAAAAUAUAUUGUCUUUGAGUUACACUCACUUGCCUCAUUAUCUGAGGCCAUGUUUCUUGUACAUGGGAAUGUUUCCUGAGGAUUGUGAGGUCCGUGUCUCAAAACUCACCAAAUUAUGGGUAGCUGAGGGAUUCUUGAGACGUCUGAACAGAUCUAAAACCUUAGAAGAAGAAGAGGCUGAAGAUUUUUUGGAGGAUCUUGUCAAAAGAAAUCUUGUUUUGGUUACCAAGAGAAAGUGUGAUGGCAGGAUCAAAAGUUGCAGCCUCCAUGAUCUUAUGCGAGAUUUGUGCAUAAGAAAAGCGAAUGAAGAGAAGUUUCUGGUGAACUUCAGCAGCGGGCUUUCAGUAAAGGGCAGAAAAAAUCAGCGCCGUGUAAGUGUUACUCGUUCGGGUUUACCAUAUUUUCAGAAAAUAUAUGGCUUAACCAUCCAUACGAUUUUGUGCUUCCAUGGCAUUUCUGUAGCAAACAAGUUGGAAGGUUUUAGAUUGCUAAGGGUAUUGGAUGCAGGAGAUGUUUAUGUGCAAUCACUACCAGAUCAACUAUUUGACCUAUUUUAUCUAGCAUACCUUGCUGUCUACUAUCGUGGAAGGAUACCUACAGCCAUUUCAAAGCUUCGUAAUCUUGAGACUUUAAGCCUUCACGCAAAGAAUAAUUGGAUGAACUUUAGAUCAUAUUUAAUCCGUUUGCCACAGGAGAUUUGGAGGAUGCCAAGAGUGAGACAUCUUGUCUUCUAUGGCAGGUUACCAAAUCCAGAAGGAAUAACAGCUUCUAGUCUAGAAAACCUCCAAACACUCUCUAUAGUGUCACAUACCAUGUGUAGUGAAAGGAUCUUGAGAAUGAUCCCAAACCUAAAGAAAUUGGAAAUUGAUUGCUCUGAUGGCGAAAUUUUCCUCAACAGUUUGGUGCAUCUGCGUCAACUUGAAGAUUUGAAGUUACGUUCAUCUUUUAGAAUUGUGUUUCACCAUAAGGAUGACUUCACUUUUCCUAAGUCUCUGAGAAAGUUGACAUUAAGCCGUGUGGCUCUUCCUUGGGAGGAGAUGACUAUUGUAGGCUCGUUGCCAAAUCUUCGAGUGCUUAAACUGACUCAUUGGGCUUGCAAAGGCAGCACUUGGGAAACAAGUGAUGGAGAGUUCCCUCUUCUGGAAUUUCUGCUAAUAGAAAAAUCGUAUCUCGAGGAUUGGAUAACUGAAAGUAGCCACUUCCCAAUGCUCAAAAGCCUGGUGCUCGACGAGUGUUGGCAACUCGCUGAAAUACCAGAAGAUAUCGGGGAAAUUCCAACACUCGAGCUGAUCGAGGUGAAGGGGAAAGCGCGAACGUCACUUGUGGAGUCGGCCCAGAGGAUUCUAGAGAAACAACAAGAGUGGGGAAAUGAUGCCCUUCAAGUUCGUUGCAUGGCUCAUCGAUGAUGUGCUCUUUCCAUCCUUCUGUCGACACAAAAGAUUAAUUAUGUUGCAGAUCAGGAAAUAUGCAAUCAAAUGUGAUGAACUAGGACUCAGAUUCUCACAAUGAAAGUUUUGGAUUCAAGUUCGUUUUAAGACUCGCUAAUCAUGAUACUCUUCUAAAGAGGUAACUCCAAAUUCCUUCUAACUAAAUUCUUUUAUAUAUACUAAUAAUAACAGGCAUAGGUAUUAUGUACCAAAUUAAGAGGGUAUUAAAAGAGAGAGAGAGAAUCAAUAAUGAUUCCUUAUUUUCCUCAUUAGUGACUCAAACCCCUGACCUAUUGGUUGGAGGGGAAGCGUCAAACUAAGGGGGUAUGUUUCUAAGCUUAAUUAUUUUAGAGAGAUGCUUUAAGAGUUUAUAAGAUGUACUCCUUCUGUCCCGCUAUUCAUGACCCAUCUCUUUUGGGCACGAGUAUUUAGGAGAAUAAGAUUAUAGUGUAAAAGUGUGUAAAGAUGUGUGGAGCCACAUUGUUUGUAGUGUAAAAUCAUUACUAAAAUUAGAAACUGGCCAUGAAUAAUGGGACAACCCAAAAAUGAAAACUUCAUUAAUAAUGGGAUCGAGGGAGUAAUAUUUUAAGAGCUUAUAAAUUGUUAAAGUGUUUGGAUAAUUGAGUUAAUUAAUUGAAGAGAUUAUAGUGAGUUACAUAGUAAAAAUCCUAAUUACAGAGUAUAAAUUGAAGAGAAAUAAAAUUACAAGGGCAUAUAGCGGACUUUGAGUAGUUGUAGCUUUUGAGUUUCUUAUCCGUAUUGUUUAUCAAGUGUGUGUGUGUGUGUGUGUGCAGCCAAUGGAAUAUGGAAAGAAGUGUCUUCGACCAGAGCUAUUUUUCUGUAUGCUUUGAUUAGUGAAAAUUAUAUUUUUGCUCUGUUUUUAUGUCGUGGAUAGAGCCAUUUAUGUUAUUCUCUAGUUUCAUUGCUUCCAUGGUGUAAGAAGCUCAAGAAAAUAAUUUAUAGCCCAAAUCAAAGUAACAAUUUUUUUAGGAGAAUGACAGUAAAGUACAACUCAAUUGGUAAAACACUUCAUUAGGAAUUCAUAUCAUCACAUGAGGAAAUAGAGAAUCAUAAUUAAUCA